AUGGAUCUUUUCGACGAGAACCCAAGCCACCAGAUCGUCCCGCUACCAGUGGGAACAGCGCUGGUGAUCCCACCACAGCCAUCUGAUAUCCGUCGAGGCCAGAAAGCGCAAUGGGUCAUCUGUCUCUUUACCUCCCGGGGGUUUGGGCGCAAGGUCGAUUCGUAUGAGCAAAUUAUGAAUCAUACGUCUGCUGCCUUACAAGAUCUCAAAGAGAAAUUGAUUGAUCUCCGGCUUGAUGGUACGGAGCCCUCGCCCAAGGCGCUCUUCUCGUGCCGAUUUAAUUCAGGCUUGUUCGCGGUGCCAUGGGCGGACACGAGGGAGCUCUUGAAGGAGGCAGGUCUACGAGUCACCGUGGUUGUUCCACCAGAAGUAGCUGUGAGAUCUCCAUGA